AUGACGAAUAAGGAUCUCCGAAUGCUCCAGAAAAAGGAGCGACAACUGAGACAUGUGAUGGAUACAAUAAAGGAGUUUGUGCGAAAUUAUCAUGAAGGUCGAGACAAGCCCCAACUGGAGGCUAGGUUGACCAAAUUGGAUGAGAUCUACGAUUCUUUCUGCAGUACUAGGGCAGAAAUUGAUCUUCUUCUGGAAGACAUCGAUGGUGAUGAUGAGUAUCAGGAAGUUGAUGAAACCGUAGAAGCUCAUGAUCGACGACGAGAUAAGGAAAAUGAAAUAAUCCUCAAGAGUUUCAUUAAUGAAUACUUCUCUCUGAAACAAUCCAUGCAAGCUUUUCAAUCCUCUGCGGGAUCUAGUUCAUCUACAGUUCUUUUAUCAACGCCUGCUCAACAGUUUUCAGCUCCGGCAGUGCGAGUCAAGCUGCCAGAGUUAAAACUUCCAACAUUCAGUGGAAAUUUGCGAGAUUGGUUAUCAUUCAGGGAUACUUUCCGUAAUCUUAUCAUUGACAAUAGCCAACUUUCUGACAUUGAUAAAUUUACGUAUUUACGUACGUCGUUAACAGCGGAGGCAGUCCAGGAAAUCGGAUCGAUCGAAUUAACCGCGGCUAAUUUUUCGUUAAGCGUGGAAUACGUUGGAAUCUCGUUAUGA